ACCCCUAUGCCCCCCAGCACGCCCUGGUGGGCUUGGCACAGGUGCAGGGAGGGGUACUGCUGUGCCUCCGACUGAAGGGAGUGUGCAGGGCUGCAGGCUGGGAGGCUGCGUUAGUUGUGGCUCCUGCUUACCAGUGGGAACCGUGGACGCCCGGCGCCCCGCCUGUCUCUAAAUCUGCAAAAUGGGAGCAAGCACCCCUUUUGAGGUCUGAGUGUGGACUCCAGCCCUGCUUGUGGGGCGGGGGGGCUGAGGUAGUGGCAGCCGUGAGACCUUGGUGCCGCUGCAUCUGACCAGAUGCCCACCUGGGCUCUGUGCCCUUGAGAUGAAUGUUUACCACCUGACGUGGGGGUUUCCGUACUGGAUACCUUGGGGACCAGGGAGAGGGUCCCAGGUGCUGUCUGUGGCUGUCCACCCAACCUCCGUGCUGCGCUUAGGUGUGUGGGCUCAGGUGUAUCAACUAAGGUGAAUCACCUAAGCUUUCUGAGCCUCAGUUUCUUCAUUUGUGAAAAGGGAGUGAGAAGUGUUCCCUUACAGGGUGCUGACCCAGCGAACCUGUGCUGAGCUCCUGUUCUGGGUAUAAGUGUGUCAGACGGACGUGGUCCUUGCUGUAAUGAUGUUCACAGUCCACAGGGAAGAGGCUGAGGUUGGGGGUGGGGGGUGCAGGCUAAAGGCAGGUGGGAGAGAGCAGUGCAGGUGAGGGUCGUGUGGGCUUCCUGGAGGUGACCAGUGAGGUCUCAGGCACUGGAAUAGAGAGCACCUGGAGGGUGAGCUGGAGCAGGUGUGCCAGAUGAGACACCUGGAGGUGAGCUGGACUAUGUGUGUCAGGUGGAGGCCUGCAGGGGAGAGGGCUCAGCUCCCCCUGGGUCACUUCUGACCCACGUGACCACCCUCUGUGGGAAUCGCACUCUACCUGCAUGGCAGGAAACUGAGGCACAGAGCUGCAGUGGUGCAGUGCAGCUGCUGGGGUCCCCACGGUGAGUGAGCCCCAGUUUGCUGCCCUGAGAUUGGCAGUCUGUGUUUGUGUUUUGCUCCAGGCUCGAGCACUCACCAAGGGUUUGGGCAUUACAGUUUUGGUCUCGGUUCCAGGUUUAUCUUGGCCGCAUGUCCCCUGGGCCUGGGGUCCUCCCUGCAUGCACAACUGUCCGUCCUUGGCAGCAUCUUUAUUUCUAGAGACUCUGUGGCUGAGCCCAGACUCCCCACUCGCCUGGUCCCCUGUGCUGACACAGUCAUCUAGGUCAGGACAGGGCCUGGCUCCUUGCCUGGCUCUGGCUGGCCAGCAGUCUGACCCAGGCAGGUCAUGUUACCUGCACACCUGGAUCCCUCACCUGUCAGAGAGGGAAGACACCCAUCUUCCAGAAGUUUGGGGAGGAGCUUAAGACAGGAUGGGAAGGCCUUCGGAGGGCACUGCCUUUGGGACCUGUCAGAGUGGGACUCUGAUUUCCUGCCUGGGACGACUCCUGGAGCCCUUGGGGGUCUGGUCAGGGCCGGGCUUUGGGACAUCUGGAUUCAGAGCCGGGAGGCUGGGAGUGGCUGGGCAGGGCAGGUGGAUCCCACCCCCCCCCCACUGUGCUGCAAGCAGUGAACCUCCAGUUAGAUGUGCCGAGGUUUCCUUCUUGACCCUGUGGGUGUUUGCUCCAGAUACCUGUGUUCUGGCCGUUCUGGGCACUGUGGGGUGUUGAACCCUUCUCUGCCCCAUCCCCGCUCCAGGCUAGUGCCCAAGACCAUCACCAAUGUCUCCAGACCUGCUGAGAGUGUCCCCUGCUGAGGGCCACCUUGCAAAUGCAGAUGGCUGCCCUGUGUACCACCAGACUUAACAAAGCCAGAUCCUGCCCCCAGAUUACAUGUGGCUCCAAGCUCCAGGCUGGGUCAGGCAGAAUUUCCCAAGUACAAGGGUGUCAUUGUAGGUUCGGUUUGACUGCAGAGACAGGGGUCAGGUGGAAGGUUCUGGAGAGGCCAAGCCCCACCAGGCAGGCUGGGGUCAGCAGGACCUACAGGCCAGGGUAGGAGGGACAGAGAUGCCCAAAGCUGGAACUACCCCUGGGUGGAGCUAGAGACCACACAGUAGCCUAACCAGAGGGGCGGCCACUUCCAGACUCAGGGCGAUCGGGUCCUGGUAACCAGGAGAACAUCUGUGACCUGAGCCCCAGGCCCAGGAGAGACUGUGGUUCUGUGGGGCAGCAGGAGGGAUGGCGUGGUGCUGGGGGCUGGGCUACAGAGCAGCCCUUCCCAGCCAGGCGAGGCAUGUGCAGCUUAGGGCUUGCAGGCUGACUGGGUCACCUGAGACUGGCCAGAGCCCUCCCUAACCCCACCUGGCCUUCCAUGUCCUGUAGCUCCUCCUGGAAAGUCCCACAAGUCCCUUCAUCACCCCUAAAAUACGUGUCAGGAAUACCAGACAAGGUAUUUAGUGGCAAAGAGAAUAGGGAGGGCCCAACCGUGGGGGGCCUUUUCAGCCCACCCUGAGCAGAAGCAGCAGGAAGCCACCUGAAAAGCAACACAGAUGGGCCUGGAAGCCUCUUUGGGAAGACAGAGUCAGGGAGAGGAGACCAGGGCCGAGCAGCCCAGAGCCAGGCCUUCAUGCAUCAGUGUGGGAAUUGAGCCCAAGUAUUUGUAGGGGCAUGAAUGCAAAAUUGUCCCUGCCCCAGAAGCAGAAGGCUUACAGACGUUGGGAGAUGGGACAGGCAGCCCACCUGCAGCUGUGGCCACUGUGCACGUCUUUGGAGCUUUCCUGAGGCUGCUUGGCAAGUCCAGGCUGCCUUGAAAGGGAAUAGAUCCACUUCUGUGGCUUAUGGCCACUGCAGGGCACCUGGCCUCUCUGUGUGGCACCAUUGGCUGGACAGAGUGGCCUGCACUUGCUGGGAGGGCAACUGAAAGGAAUCUGAGCUCCAGCCCCUCCCUUUCACCAGCUCCAGGACAGCAGGCAUGGGCCAGUGUCUAGUGAAUGGGACAGGUACAAAACCCAGCAGCCUGCAGGAGAGGCUGGGGUCGGGCAAGGAGUCCCACAGAGCCCUCCAGGUCAGAUGCCUGUGCUCAUAGGUGUGUGCACCUGGGCCUCCCACCAGCGCAAAGCCUUUCUCCUAAAUAGAAGCAAAAGGAAACAACCAACUACCACCAGCAGUUGUUUACAGAAAGCCUGAAAGAGAGACCAGCAGGGGCUGAGACGAGAAGAAGAAAGUAUACACUGUAGUUGAGGCUCCAGCAUCCAGCCAAGAGAAAUGUGUUCAGAAGAAAAUGUAAUCCUCAUCCUCAGAGUUAACAGAAGAUGUUGGGUGCAUAAAGCAAGAACAGGAUGCGUGGCUAAAGAAGAAAGAAAGUUCUUUGUGGGGACCCUGAAGCCCAGCAUGUCCAAGCGGCACUCGGACAGUUCCUUGGAGGACAAGCUUCUGGAACACCGCUUCCACUCAGAACUCCGACUCGAUGCCAAUGGGAACCCAGCCCCCGGGCUCCCCAUGGUGCGGGGUUCCCUACAGGUCAGGGCCAAUGCUGCCUUCCAGUCCGAGGCCCCGGCACCCCCAGGGGAUGAGGAGUCACGUCCUGUUGUUCUAAGCACGCAGAGCCCGGCGGCCCUCAAGAUGGGCACCCAGCAGCUGAUCCCCAGGAGCCUGGCUGUGGCCAGCAAGGCAAAGACCCCAGCCCGUCACCAGAGCUUCGGGGCAGCGGUGCUUAGCAGGGAGGCUGCCCGGCGGGGCCCCCAGCUCCUCACUGUCCCCAGCUUCUUCCUGGAUGACAUGGACAUGGACUCAGGCCCCGGGGGGAUGCUGAGGCGGAACCUGCGGAACCAAUCCUACCGGGCGGCCAUGAAGGGCCCGGGCCAGCCAAGCAGCCAGGGGGACUCCGUCCAGCUGAGCCCCAAGCUCCAGGCUCUGGCUGAGGAGCCCAGCCGGCCUCCUGCCCGGUACCCAGUGAAAAAUAAGAGGACGCUGGGGCGGAAACGUGCACAUAAAGGCUCCUUCAAGGAUGACCCCCAGUUCUACCAGGAGAUCCAGGAGCGCGGCCUGAACACCAGUCCCGAGUCUGACGACGAUGUGCUUGAUGACCCCACCAGCCCAGAGGGGACUGGAAAGGCAGACUCCACCAUUGUGGUCAAAAGCUACCGGCCUGCCCAGGUCACUUGGAGCCAGCUCCCAGAGGUGGUGGAGUCGGGCGUCCUGGACACGCUGCCAGCUGAGGAACGCAAGAGGCAGGAGGCCAUCUUCGAGAUCCUCACAUCUGAGUUCUCCUACCAGCACAGCCUGAGUGUCCUAGUGGCUGAGUUCCUACAGUCCAGAGAGCUGCGGGCAACCAUGACCCAGACAGAGCAUCACCACCUAUUCUCCAACAUCCUGGACGUCCUGGGCGCCAGUCAGAAGUUCUUUGAGGACCUGGAGCAGCGGCACAAGGCCCAGGUGCUGGUGGAGGACAUCAGCGACAUCCUGGAGGAGCAUGCCGAGCAGCACUUCCAUCCCUAUGUGGCCUACUGCUCCAAUGAGGUGUACCAGCAGCGCACCCUGCAGAGGCUGACGAAUAGCAGUGCCACCUUCCGCGAGGUCCUACGGGAGAUCGAGAGGCGGCCUGCGUGCGGGGGCUUGCCCAUGAUCUCCUUCCUGAUCCUGCCCAUGCAGAGGGUGACCCGGCUGCCCCUCCUGACAGACACACUCUGCCUCAAGUCCCAAGGCCACCCUGAGAGGUAUCAGGCUGCUAGCCGUGCAUUGAAGGCCAUCAGCAAGCUGGUGAGGCGGUGCAACCAGGGCGCCCACCAGAUGGAGCGUACAGAGCAGAUGUACAUGCUGCACACACAGCUGGACUUCGGCAAGGUGAAGUCCCUCCCACUCAUCUCCGCCUCCCGCUGGCUGCUGAAACGCGGGGAGCUCUUCCUGGUAGAAGAGACUGGACUUUUCCGGAAACUUGCCAGCCGGCCCACGUACUAUCUCUUCCUGUUCAACGAUGUCCUAGUGGUGACCAAGAAGAAGAGUGAGGAUAGCUAUGUGGUCCAGGACUACGCCCAAAUGGAGCACCUCCGGGUCCAGAAGAUGGAGCCUUCAGAGCUGCCCCUGCCAGGGGGUGGCAACCGCAGCUCCUCCGUGCCCCACCCCUUCCAGGUGACACUGCUGCACAAUAGUGAGGGCCGCCAAGAGCAGUUCCUGCUGUCCUCGGACUCUGCGAGUGACCGGGCCCGGUGGAUAAUGGCGCUCACCUACGGGGAGAGACAGGGGCAGGGCCCCACCAACAAGGGAGACCUGCCCCAGGUGGAGGUCACCAAGGCCUUCUUUGCAAAGCAAGCAGAUGAGCUCACACUGCAGCAGGCAGACGUGGUCCUGGUGCUGCAUCAGGAGGACGGGUGGCUCUAUGGUGAGAGACUUCGGGAUGGAGAGACAGGCUGGUUCCCCGAAGACUUUGCCCGCUUCAUCACCAGCCGCGUGGCCGUGGAGGGCAACGUGCGCAGAAUGGAGCGUCUGCGGGUGGAGACGGAUGUGUAGCCCGGUCACAAGGAUCUGAAGAGGCCAGCUGUGGCGGAUGUGGCCACAGUCCUCCUACCAGCAAGUAGCAUGCCGGGCUCCAGGGAGUGCAAUGGCUUGUCUCAAGGGCCCUGAACGCUUCUGUGGGUCUUCUCAAGGCCCUGUGGCUGCUGCCUUGAGCUCUGGAUGCUUGACAGAAGGAAGAUCACUCUUGUCCCUGGGGGAGCAUCUGCCAGGAAAGUUCAAGGGGACUGUGCCAAGUCCUGGGAGGGGCCCAGCCCCUCCCACAGCUCUGGUCCCUACACCCCUACCCCCUUCACCCACAGGGCAGUGGUGAGGAUUGCCACUACUACCAGCAUGGCCAGCAUGGGGUUCCCUCCUGGGCCCCGUAGCCCUGGUGAGAGACAGAAGUGCCUCCAGUGACCAGGGUGCCCCAUGUUCCAAGAGGAGGGCAGCUGGAGAGAAGUGGCCCUGCAGUGCCAGCAUGGAGGCUUCCAAACCCAUUAAAGAAUUUCCCUAACACCUGCAUUUCCCUGGGAA